GGGCGGGGGGCGGAGCUAUCGGCCCGGAGGCGCACAAUUUGCGCGCGCGCAGACCGCCGCUCCCCCGCUCUGUGCUUGUCGGCGGCGCUCUCCCGGAGGAGGCUGGAGCUUUGCAAAAGUUUUUUGGGAACAAGAAUUUCCCCAAAGCUAAACAAUGGGCAGACCCAGAAAAACCGCGGACGUGUCCUCCCCUCGGCCGGCUGCCACGGUGCCGAAAGCAGCCCCGGCAGCCCCUCGGUCUUCAGCUUCGUCCAGGGCGACGCCUGCUAGCGGCAACGCUUCAGCUGCCCCAGCCGCCAAGAGCGAAGGUAGCAAACGAGGACAGGGAGAGAAGCUUGCCUCCGUCCCGAGCUCCAGCGCAAAAGGGCAAAGUGGCCAGACCAGGUCCACAGCUGUGCCCGCCGGCGGCCAAGGAGAUGGGAAGAGCGGCCGUGGUGCCAGAGCCAAGACUUCCACUGCCAGUGGAGGUGGGAAAUCUCAUGCCGCUGCCGCCAGGGUCUCGGUGGAUAGCUACGCCAGCCCGUCGCAAACUACCACCAAAAGGCAAGGCAAGGCGAGUGAUUCUCCCCCUUCGCUGAAUGUGGCUGAAAUAGAGAGCAAGACGCGGGGUCAGCGGACAAACCCUGAAUGGCACAAAUGGAGGGAGAACCGUAUCACAGCUUCGGUGGCCCCCAAGAUUGCCAACAGCAAGUUUGUCAAUGGGAAGAGUUCUGAGGUACCGCAGUCCUACCUUAAAGCCGUGGUGGAGUCGGGUUCCGGUUUCAUGACCCCAGCCAUGUCCUGGGGCGUCCGGAACGAGAAGAAAGCCGUCGAGGCCUAUGAAGCCAUCAAGUCCAGCAAGGCCAGAAAGCCGGUGACGGUGGACGAUUGUGGGCUCUUCAUUGACAAGAGAAAGGCGUGGCUUGCUGCCAGCCCCGACGGGAUCGUCAAGGAAGCUGGUACCGGUAAAGAGCUAGCCGUUUUGGAAGUCAAGUGUCCGUAUAAACACAGAGACAAGACGGUGACGGAUGCCUGCAAGGAUAAAACCUUCUGUCUGGAGAAGGAGGGCGAGUCCUACACGCUGAAGAAAGACCACCCCUACUACACGCAGGUUCAGUGCCAGAUGGGGGUCACCGGCCUCAAGAAGGCCGACUUCGUCGUUCACACUAACAAAGAGACGGCCAUUGCCCCUGUGGAUUUUGAUCCCAUUUUCUGGGACACCACCGUGCCCAAGCUGGAGAAGUUCUACACGGAUGCUGUAAUCCCGUACCUGGAACAGAAGGGAAAUGCUGCGGCUUGGGCUAAGGAAGAAUAAAGCAGCAGGGAAGUCCGAGCUUCUGGACUCUCUGAAGUGAUGUGCCUUCUACCAGUCACUGUUAACUCUUUCUUCUGGUUUUCCCACCUGGUGUUAGAAAAAUGAUUCACUCCAUUCCUGUGCCUGAAAAUAGGCUUACCGAUGGUGAUUAGAGUUCCUGCCACAUCACCCCUCCAUGUCCACUUGCAGACCGCCAGCUAUGCAAAAGGGCAGUAGAGAUACAAUAGCAACGUCUGUAUUUUCUCCAGGCCUUCUAGAAAAAAGCAGACUGUGUUUGCUUCGGGCAAUUCUAGAUCAGGUUGAAGCUGCCACAGUGCUUCCCUGCUACAAAGGAUGACGCUUCCCCGUCCAGGUAUCGCGACUUCUGGAAACACGCAGGAGAAAGUACAGUCCUUGCUGUUCUGUUCUCCAAAGGCCAUUUCACUGCCAGCUGAAUUCCACUUUUGCUCCUUCGCCCAGAAGCAAGUUAUUCUUUCUGCUUCCCAGCCGUCAAAAGGAUCAGUGAAUGCUGCCUAUGGACACAGGGGAUGAUUAAGUUCAGCUUUUUGAGUAGGGAUUCUGAUUUUCCUUCCUCUUUAAAAGGCUAGAGUCCGCACAAUUGAGAAGGAAAUGCCAGUACUUCGUGAGACCUGUGCAGGAGACUUCUGUUUUUCCAAGAGAAGCCUACCCGUGAUCCGUAGUUCUUGCCGUCAGAACUGGACGAAUGACUGGGUGAUGAAGAGCCGGAGUAUGGGCAAGGUCGAGUUCAAAGGCGCAAUUCGUAUAUAAGGGAGCAAGUGCCACGGAAGUCUGGGGACCUCACUCCUAAAUAAAUAUGCAGAGGAGUAGGAUGAUAAAGGUUCUGCUGAUUUCACUACUACUAAUAUAGUCUUCAGAGUAAUUUGUUGUAUAGCUAUGCAGGGAUCGAGAUGAGGGGCUUUCCUGUUCUUGCACAUUUAAACAGAUUCUAUUUUUGGUGCGGUUGCCAAUUUCAGAGUUACUGUUUUUUCAGUACCAGAGAACAGAUAUCUCACCCUCUGCUGCCCUUUGCCACUUGGGAGGGCAGAAUAGCCUUUAGAUAAUAUUUCGUUCGUCUUUUUUUUAGAAUUGCUUAGUUUAGUAUUAGACAUUUGUUUACAGGGCAAAACAAAAUAUCCUUUAGAAAACGUUUUAUAUGUCUUUAGAAAAAUCGGCUUUUUUUUUUUGAGACUCGCUACACUUAUUUAGAAAAGCUUCGUUUACUAUCAGGCACUUGUUUACAGGGCAAAACAAAAUAUGGUUUAGACAAGGUUUCAUUUGUCUUUAGAAAAAUUGACGCUUUUUUUGAGAAUUGCUACUUUAUUUAGAAAAGCUUAGCUUACUAUCAGGCAUUUGUUUACAGGGCAAAACAAAAUAUGGUUUAGACAAAAUAUCUUUUAGAGAAGGUUUCAUUUGUCUUCAGAAAAAUCAGCUUUUUUCUUCCUUUUUCUGGGAGAAUUACUAUUGAGGAAAGUUAAGUGGGCAAAACCAGCCGGCUGGAUUGUAUGCUGUGAUUGUUUUGGUUCGGCUGUGACUUCUGUUGAGCAAAAAAAAAAAAUAGUAAUAAUAAAAAAAAAUGACUGAA